AUAUGGCUCUGCAUGGUAUGCCAUGACAGCAUAGCACAGUAGGUCCAAGGCUGCUGCCACUGGUCAGCACCAGAUAACCAGCCUUCCCUCCUCUCACAGCUGCGGGUUUCCUCUUGUACGAGUGUCUCCUUCCAUGAACAACUCUUAAGCUAUCAGCAGUGUAACAUGUCAAACGCAACAGGACUGCAAGCAGGCAGCCUCGCACCCUUGUUUUGGGCUCAUGUCUCUAUUGAUGGUACUGGCCAUCCUAAAGUCCUGCGCUCGUACGGGACUACCGUCUCCUCCACUUGCGAUGAGAGUGAUGGCAUGGGUGCAGCUUCUGCAAGUCGCGUCUCUGGACCCGGCUCGGACCAUCAUCCAAGGUCUUCGAUCUCUUCGGCCGCAUCGACAAUGUCGACAGAAUCUACGACCACACCACCAGAGUCGCUGGUAUCUGGAUAUCCAGUUCGCGUCAAGAUCAGACGAGCGUCUCGGGCGCGCCAACCGGUGUUACGCAGAUGCUGCUCACCGACCACCGAGAGCCUUCGUGAGAUACGGCAAAGACAAUCUGAAGAAGACCUGCGAAACCUAUACGAAGCACAGACUCUGGCAUAUCUUAACGACGCGAUCCAAUUCUGAGUCGCACACGUACAAAGCGACCCCGAGAACGAAAGAGCUUGAAGGUGGGAAGCCUCGGCCAGUCGAAACGCUCCGCAGAAUGGCGUCACAGGAAACCCCACCAAAACAUCAUGGUGCUUACUAAAGCCUCGU